UCGAUUUGCUAGGUGGGCAGGUGAGCUGUGGCUAACAGCGGGUGCUCACCCCGACCCAGGCUCGAACUGCCGACCUUUCAAUCGGCAGAGUUUUUCUGCAGCACCGUAAUUUAGCCUGCUGUACUAAGCCCGACAACACUUGAAAAACAUUCUUUCAUGGAUUUUGACAAAUUUCAUUAUGAACCAUACUUUAACUGCAAUGAUUAACUUCAUCUUGGAUUAACUCUGCAGUAAGUGUUACUGAAAAUCACAACAGCUGAACAAUAUUUUAUAGGGAGGAGGGGAAUGUUACACUGCACUACUGCUUCAUAAAAUAAUUCCCACAGAAGUAUUUGAUUUCUCUCUCAGCUUUCUCAAAGCUCCAGCAUAAGUGGAGGGAGGGAAACAGUUGAGAACACAAUGAACUUUUUAUUCUGUUAGCCUUGUAACGUGAGCUGUAAAUUGACUCAGCCUUCACAAAGCAAACCAGCACCCAGCAAUCCGUCACACGUAGAAGGCAUCGGUGUCAAAGUCUACACAGCUAUUUCCUCUUUGGUUUUGGAAAUUUGACCAGAAAACAAAAGAAAUUAAGAUGGAUAGAAAGCUGAUGAAGAUAUUUAAUUGAAAUGCCCAAGGAAGCAGUUGAACAAAACUGUUUGUUCAGCCUCCGGUAAGACUGAUAAACUGCAAAGUCUAAUGGAAGAAAAAGUUAUGGCAACCUCUUUCACAGGACUAACGUAUUUCUUGAGGUGGAUAUAUAUGUCUUUUGAACUUUGAACAGUUCUUCUGGCUUAACUGCAGACAUCAUCUGAGGAGAAGGAAUACAACCAGCGCAAGCAAAUCUAGGGAAUGCAACUCCAAAGCUUGAGUCUUUAAGGAACGAUGAAAAUACUUGGAAAGCUGAAACUCUGCAGUAUCAGGAAUGGAUAGCGACGGAACUCCAAGAAAUGGUGAAGGUAGACUGUUUCAGAGAUCCCCAUUCAGCUUGUUUAUAAAUCAGAUCCAGAAGAAGAAAUCUUCCGCUGAGAAGGGGAAAUCUCGGCAUCCAUCAAAGAGCAGAUUCUUUCCCCAAAACUCACACUGUGAGAAAUCAGAAGAUGAAAGCAGGAAAGGAAACUCAACAGAUACGUCUAGAUCAGAAACUCAAAGUGUGGAGAAAGCUCUCCCUGCAGAAGGUAUUUGGGACCAGCAUCCCAAGGCCCCAACGUCAGGAAAUCUGGGAGCUGGAAGUCCAAAACACCUGAAGGACAAAAGGUUGGGAAUCACUGAUCUGCAAGAUAAUGCUCCAUCUUCUGCGACUAAAGAAGAAUUAGCUUUGUGUGAGUGGAGAGUUAAGCAGUUCCUGAACAAAUUGGGCAAACAGCCUUCCAACAAGAUUUUGGACUUAAAUAAUUGUGUACUGGGUGCAUCAGACGUAACAGAAUUGAUUGGCAUCAUACCUCUGCUACCAGCGCUGGAAGAGAUUGAUCUUUCCUGGAAUGAUUGUAUAGGAGGGACAUUAGGACCUCUUACACAGCAAUUCAGACAUCUGCAGAAACUAAAAGUCCUCCAACUGAGCAACUGCAGGCUCACAGCCAAAGACAUUGUUUACUUAGGAGAAGGACUUCAAGUUAUUCCUCAUCUCGAAAUUCUGGAUUUAUCAUGGAAUACCAAUGUGGGUGGGAGAUUUUCCCUUCUAACCCAUAAAAUACCAAAAGCUUGUGCACUCAAAACACUAAAAGUCAUAGGUUGCAAUCUGACUCCUGAAGAUGGCGAAUCAUUGGCUCAGCUCCUAAAUAGGAUGCAUGACCUUGAAGAACUGGACCUGUCUAUUAACAAAAUGAUAGGAUGGAGCCUGAACAGUAUUGCCCAGGAACUAAAAUAUGUCUCAAGCUUGAAAGUACUAAAUUUGAGCAUGUGUGGAUUAAAACAGGGUGGACUCCAGUGUUUAGGGACUGCCUUGCAGCAUUUAUUGGAAUUAAGGAAAUUAGAUGUAUCUUGCAAUAAAGAAAUUGGAGGAGGUUUCCAAAACUUAGCAGCCCAUUUGGCUGGCUUAAGCCACCUUGAAAUUUUGGAUCUUCACCAGUGCUGUAUUACAGAAGAGGACAUGGCCAUUUUAACCCAGAUAAUACCCCUUUUGUCAAGUCUUCAAGAGCUGAAUUUAUCGUCAAAUAAAAGUGUUGGCCUCUCCUCCGAUCAGCUAUUCAGCAGGCUCCGGUUUCUGCCCAGACUGACUUCUGUGCUCCUCAGCAAUUGUUCUUUACAACAUGAUUCAUUUGCAUCUUUAGCUGAGGCUGCCCUUCACCUUCCUGAACUGAUGAUAUUAGACCUUUCUUGGAAUAAAUGCGUUGGUGGGAACCUAAAGCUGAUUUUAAAGGCGCUAAACCCCGGAGCUGAGAUGCAAGUGUUAAGACUGAGCAGCUGCAGCCUGGUGGAUGAGGAUAUCCUUGGCCUUGCUGCUGUUAUUCAAGACAGGAGCUUGGGUCAACUACAGAAGCUGGACCUUAGCUACAACCACCAUGUCUCUAACCAUGGAUGGACAAUAUUUUGCCAAGCGUUAGUUGCACUGGAUCAGCUUUCUGAACUGGAUCUCAGCCUUCGGCCUUCAUUGCACUGUGACUGCGGGGAAUGGUUUGGCCAACUGUUGGCUGCCUUGCAAAAGCUAUCUUUAUUCACAGAGCUGGGACUACAAGGUUGGGUCCUUUCCAAAGUUCAGCAACAGCAGCUGGAACAGUUCAAUGGAGAGAAUAAACGAAAUGUUCGUUUUGACAUUUGGAGUGAAACUUGACACUAUGAAGUAGUGUAAUAGCAACAAGCAACUAAGAACUUCCAUAUGUUGUUUCUUCAGCACUACCUGCCAUGAUAUAGUAGUAACCUUUGGAAGUAUAUUGCUCAUCUUGAUAGUCUUCAAAGCCAAGGAGUGACCCCUUGGGAACCCACCAAAUACAGCUACUUGUGUUGAUCUAUAUCAACAAACCAAUUUUAGCUCUCUCACCUUCAUGCAGAAUAGGUCCUUUGCAAAGCGAAUGGGUCUUAAUUCCUCCUUCAGGACCAAGUGACAUCAAAAUACUUGCAUUUGGAUAUAUAGCUGUUAGGAAACAAUUUCCUCCCCACAUUGUUAGGUGAGUAAGACAACUACAUUUAGAGGAAACAGAAAAGUCUGGUGAGAGAAUGGUGCAAUCAUUGCUGUUUCUCAAAAAACCCUUUGAUCUGGCAAAGCUUUGACUUCACUACAUCACUGUUGACCUGACAUAGUAUAAUAUAGAAGAAGAGAGGGGAAGAGGACAGCAAAGAAUCUUACUUAGAUGGGCAAUACCAAAGACCUUUGAAUUGACUGGUAGCCGUCUUAUCAUUCGUGGCUGUUGUCUGCAACUUUUGAAAUUUCACCCUAAGAAUAUAAUGUUUGCUUCACUGGACAAUGUUCUGCAUUAGUUGGAGUGUGCAAGUAUCAAAAAAAAAAAAACAUUUUCUAAAAUCUAUAAAAAGUAUUGUUCGCA